AUGGUCAAUGAAAAGGACAAGAAGACCCGUGGACAGGUGCUGGAAGAAUGGAAAGAGUUCGUGUGGAACCCGCGGACUCGCGAGUUCAUGGGCCGUACCGGGAGCAGCUGGGCCUUCAUCCUCCUCUUCUACCUCGUCUUCUAUGCGUUUCUAACUGCUUUGUUCACCCUUACCAUGUGGGUCAUGCUGCAGACUCUCUCAGACCACAUCCCCACAUACCAGGACCAGCUUGCAACACCAGGCCUGAUGAUUCGUCCUAAGACUGAAAACCUUGAGGUUUUGGUCAACCUCAGUGACUCCCAAAGCUGGAAGAAGCAUGUGGAGAUACUUGAUAAAUUCCUGGAUCCCUACAAUGACUCAAUCCAGGCCCAGAAGAAUGAUGUCUGCCGCCCAGGGCACUACUAUGAACAACCAGACAAUGGUGUUCUCAACUAUCCCAAGCGGGCUUGUCAGUUCAACAGGACACAACUGGGUGACUGUUCAGGGCUUAGUGACCCUACCCACUAUGGCUACAGCACUGGUCAGCCCUGCGUCUUUAUCAAGAUGAACCGGGUCAUCAACUUCUAUGCAGGAGCCAAUCAGACCAUGAAUGUUACUUGUGUUGGGAAGAGGAAUGAGGAUGCUCAAAAUCUUGGUGACUUUGCUAUGUUCCCUGCCAAUGGCAAUAUUGACCUGAUGUAUUUUCCCUACUAUGGCAAGAAGUUCCAUGUGAAUUACACGCAGCCCCUGGUGGCUGUGAAGUUCAUGAAUGUGACCCCCAAUGUGGAAGUAAAUGUUGAGUGCCGCAUUAAUGCAGUCAACAUUGCUACUGAUAAUGAGCGGGACAAGUUUGCUGGCCGAGUAGCCUUCAAGCUCCGAAUAGUAAAAAAGACCUGAGCCUACUUACUUGCAACCCUCCCUCCCCUUCUCCCUGUCUCCCCCAGGGCUUUAUGGAAUGUGCUUUCUGGAUGCCUCCUUCCCUGCCUGAUCUCCUUUCCCUGUCCUUCUUCCCCAACCCCCUCCUUGCCCCAAAGGUAUUUUAAAAAACCCGGAACUAUAAUUCCAUCCACACCCUUUCUCAACUCCCAUCCCUGUUGGGUGGUAGCCAUUUUGAUUGCCUAGAAGAAUACCUUCUCUCACAGUAGCUAUACAGGAUGUUUAGAGCAGGGUGGCCAUCUUUGCCUCUUUAUUGUCCAGUUCUAUUCCUUAUGCUGUCCUGGUUCUUCUUUGGCUACAGUGGAAUGCUCCUACAAUAACCCCUUCUCCCCCACCUUUCUCAUUUAUAAGGAGCCAACACAUGCUCCCCCUUCUCAGUCUUCAUGGCUUCCUUGGUAGUUGUGGUGAGAGUGGGUCUUGGUGGUGGUGGUCAUUCUUCUACCCUUCUACCCUUUCAAAGCUACAGAUGGAUUACAGUGUUCUGGGAAUAAGAUAUCUGGGAAACUGUCUUGGCCUUCCUUCCCCACCUAAUUUACUAAUGCUGCCCCCUUUCCCUUUCCUCACCAAAAGCUCUUUUGGUGUUCAUUUUUAAGUGAACGACGGGAUCUGUCCACCUUUUUCCCCCUUCUCCAUUUUCUACCCAUUUCCUUCUGAAGCCUUUAAAUUUUGCCAUUUCUUGGGUCUCCUAUUUCCAAUUCCCUAUCCCCAUAUGGUGGAUGUCUGAGCUGAAAAAAAUGGGGUGCCCUCUUCCCUCCCCUGGGCUCUAAGGAGGGGUAUUUAGAACAGGGAUGCCAUUUUGUUUCUUUUUGACUGGAAAUUCAAAAAUUCCCAUCCUUCCUAUAACCUUGUGACUGCUGCUCCAAAAGGCUAUUUAGACAUGUAGUCAAUUUUAUCUCUGCAUGAUUUCCUUAUAAACAUUUCCCUGGAGCAUUUUCUUUCCACCCAGCUCCAUUUUUCCAGAGUUUUGGGUGGCCAUCUUUGAACUGAUUUUGUCCCGGGUAGCCCCCUUGGAAACCUUAUCUGGCCAUGGUAAUAUGCCACCUCCUUUCUCUGCGCUCCCUAGUCUAGCUUUUCUUGGCAAAUCUAACACUCUCUUUCCACUUAAUAUCAACUUGAAAGUUUUAAAUACUCCUCACUUUUGAAAAUGGCUCCUCCUCCUCCAAACCCCCUUUACCUUUUUAGCCCCAUAAUUCCCAUAAAAUGUUUAAAGAGGCCCCUACUCAGAAGUAUUUUUUUAAUCACAGAGGUGUUUUAAUACUUACUCCUUUUUUCCCAUCCCAAUCCAGUCUCCCCUAUUAAUGCUGCACUCUUCCUUGGGAUCUGUCCCUUUUCUCUUGAAAUCAGGCAAGGCCUGGGUUCAAAUCCUGCCUUUGAUACUUAUUACCUG